UUUUUUUUAUCACAGUCACGUCACUGCAGUUUCAUUGUAGAGAGAGAUAUGGUGAAGUCGUGUUGUGGAACCUAUUAUCUAAUUGAUUUCGUAUUGUAGGGUAAAUAAUUACUUUCAUGAUUACGUUAAAUGGUCACGUGAUAACCGCGGCAUUGGCAGUUCGGCCCGAUCGUAGCAGGCUGUGUAGACGUGUUUGUGCAACGUAGUUUAUAGUUUUUGUUCCCAGUGAAAUCAGCGUUAUGAUCGAUUAACAAUGGGCCAGACUCCUAGUUCAGUGACGAGUGGUAAGAAGAUGAGUAGGAUGGAGAGACAGACUUCGUUCCGUGUGCUUUUACGGCGGAGUAUGAAGAAGAAAGCGAAACUGAGCCAUACAUUUAGUUUGCCGCCUUCAAACGACUCUGGUUGUUCUGCGGAGUAUCCUGAGCUGAUGAAUGUGAACACGGCGACGGAGGAGCAGCUCAUGACGCUGCCAGCUGUGAACAGGCAGCUUGCGCGCGAAAUAGUGCGGCACAGACAGAUGAUAGGUGGUUUCAAACGUGUCGACGACCUUGCGCUUGUCUCAGGUCUGGGAGCAGAAAAAUUGGAAUUACUAAGGCCAGAAAUAUGCAUAAAGAAGCAAUUAUCGCGGACGAGUUCGUGUACACAGUCCUUGGACAGCGUCCGGACGAACGGGGAGAGUCGACUUUACUCCAUAAAUUCUUCCAGCAUAUUCCAACUCCAGUGUGUACCUGGCCUAAACCAGGAGAUCGCCGCGAACAUCGUGGACUAUAGAAACAAGAAAGGUCCAUUUAAAUCAUUAGAUGACUUAAUAAAAGUGCGAGGGAUGGAUAAUAUUAAAUUGCUAACAGCUAAGCAGCAUUUAAGUCUGGAACUAAGGAAGUUUGAAAGUAUGCAGGCUUUAAAUGGACAUGUCAAUGACUGGCCCGAAUUAUCUCCAUUCUUGAGUAAUAUUUCAAUGAACAGAUCAAUACCAAAGUCAAGGUUUUCGUUCCCGAAGCUACCGAAUGGUUACGCCUCGGCCCCUGUGGAUGAUAUCCUGGAGUUGUUGUCAGCGUAUUCCCAUAGGCCGCUGUUAGAAGAUUUGUUUACGUACGAGAGGCACGGUGUGAGGUGCUGUCGACUUGCGUCGUGGAAUCUUCAUCAGCUUAGUUUAGAUAAAAUUAAGAAUCCGGGCGUCAGAGAAGUUGUGUGCCUGACUAUUUUGGAAAACAAAUUCUCGCUAAUAGCCAUACAAGAUGUGAUAGACGUAGGAGCAUUGAAAGAGAUCUGUGAUGAGCUGAACUGCGCGGGCCUGAGGCGCGUGCGCGAGUGGAAGUCAAACAGCCGGAACUGGCGGUGUUACAGACCGGCGUCCCACAGGGAGAGCUUAGGCUUCAUAUACGACGCUGGCGACCAAAUCACAGUGGAAGCUGUCGACGAACCCUCGGAGGCCAUUAGGAGACUCCUGGACGAAGUGGCUGGGCUGACCAGCGAGCGAUUCACAGCUGUGGCGCAGGCAUUCGCCAUUUGCCGGCAUCCAGUGGUGGUCGUCAAUGUCCACUGUUUCGAACGGCUCACAGAUGAAGACUGUAAGCAUAUCCAGAGAGUGACAGAACUGUCACGGGAGCUGAACCUGCAAUUGACCGUCGUGGGAGAUUUCAGGACGUGGGACAAUGUCGAAUCGUUGAAGACGUGCGAGUCCCUCAUAGACGAAGAUGUAGUCACAACCAUAAAUACCAAACACAUCGGCAGAAGUUCUAUCCUGUGCCCGGGGACCAUAGACAAGAGCAACUUCAACAGACAUUCCGGCGCAGUCAGGUCAGGGCUCUGCCAUCUCGCGAUACCACGUGACUGGUCGUGGGGGGGACCGGCGUCGCCAUUUUGUCCCGUUUGGGCCGAGUUGAACGUCCCGGAUUGACGAACAACCAAAAAAAAUGAUAAAAAUUUAGUACUAAUUCCAUCGGCUGUGCUGAUUAAAUGCCUUGUGUUGUGAAGUCUGGCGGCCAUUUUGGACUUGUUCCUAUCGCGGUUUGUCAGGUUCGAGAAUAAGAGAGCUAUUCAAAAUUUAAAUUUCGUGUUUGCAAUAAGCCUAAUUCUCCAUGCGAAAUGAGUAGCGCAAAAAUAGUUUCGUUGCGUGAGUUUCGACAACAGUUUCACGUGUCAGUACGCGUCCCGUGUCACUCAAACGUCAAAUGUGACAUGCGACGUGUGAUUUUUUGACACAACUAAAACUAAAUGGUAUAAAACGCAAUGCAAAACUAAUGUAAUGUGUCACAACACUAUUACUUUGUAAAAAAAAACUGUUUUAUUGGUGUUUCAAAAUCAACUUAUACAAUACAUGGAACUUGAUUCGUCUUUAAAAUUCUAAAAUUUUAAUGUUAUGACUUUAGGGCUUCGGAUGUAAUGUGUACUUUUCGAAGUGUUUCGUGAAUUAUUAAAUUAAAUCAGAACUGAGCAUAUAUGUAUAUUUUUUCUUUGGUAUUUAAGGAAAUAUGUAGUUAUUUAACUACAUAUAUAUAGUAUAUAAGGGCUGGUUAUGGCCGUGAGAGUUAUUUUAAAUUUAAUUUGGAACUUCCUCAUUCGAAAGUCCUAGAUAAGUAUACGUUUAAUACUUCCAAUGGCAUUUAACUAGAACCGUUUAUUUUAAUGUGUAAAUAUAAUUUAUAUUUUUCCUUAUAUGCUUGUAUAUUUUUAAGAAUGAUUUCCUCAAACCUUUAAGUAUCGCCGUGUACAUAAUAUAAAUAAAACUUAAACAUAGAGUUAAGACUUUUCUAUAAAGUGUUCGUCUUACACUUACGUCCACAAAAGAAAAAAUAACGGUCAAGUGAGAGUUGGACUCGCGCACUGAGGGUUCCGUUUUUUUUUUUCUUUUUUUUAUUGUGUACUUAAUUACAUAUAUACGGUUUUAAUUUAAUAGUUCAAUCAGGUCAGGUAUAAAUCUUCGUCAUAUUCAACUUGAUAACUAGCGUUCCUGAGAAAACUGGUGUUGACAGAUAUAAAUAUGGAUUCUGUUUUUACCUUUACGGGUACGGAACCCUAAUUAGGGUAUUUUAUUAUUUCAUAUUAUGGUCAUUAUGUAAUAUGUUUUGUAAAAAAUAAGCAUGUGUUUUUAAAAAUAUUUAGAAACGAAAUGUAUUAAUUUAUAUUUUCUUCUUGGCCGUUACUUUAUCAACCAUGUUACAGUCUUUAAUGAAAUACUUAUUUAAAUAUAAAUAUAUAAAUAGAAUAGCCAUAUUUUCACAUUCAUCCGAUGUAAAAAGCAUAAAAUAUCUCCCAUGGAAAAAUGUACAGUUGUGUAUGAAAUAUCAGCAUUGUCAUGAAUCAGAAUGCAUGUCAAGAAAAUCUGGUAUAAAUAUGAGAAUAUCUAUAUUCGUAAUAACAUGUUCUUAACAAUUAGACGGUUAAAAAAACCCUCCAAUGUAGUGAUUGUACUUACAGUUAAAUUGUUUUACAAAUUGAAUGUAAAAACACAUUCAAUUUGUUAUAAAAUUAUAUAUUUAUAGUAUAGUAUUAUACAAAAUUAUAGUUUUACAGAUUAGAUAUUUUCUUAUAUUAUUUAAACGUGGACCAAGACAUCACUUGCGAGAUCAUGUCUACAUUAUAUAGUACAUAAUAAAAAAAAACCAUUCAUAUAUUCAAAAAUAUAUUCAUAUUGAAUUUGUUAGCCCCAAAGACAAAAACUUCUUAAAACGAAGAGGCCCCAAAGUGCCCCAAAGAUUAAAAACGCAACGAGUAAAUUUACUUAUUUAUAUGAUAAAGGGUUGCAAUCCAAUCGUACUCAUAUUAUAAAUGCGAAAGUUUGUGAGGAAGUGUACGUACGUUUGUUACUCUUUCAAGCAAAGUCUAUUGGACGGAUUGUUAUGAAACUUGGUACGCGGGUCUCGAACUUAUUCCAGGUUAUAUUCUACCCGCGUACCAAAUUUUAUAACAAUCGAGGCGAAAAGUACCCUAUAUAUUAAUAUAUGGUACUUUUUGCCCCGAAAUUCUGAAUAACAAUCCGUCCAGUAGAUUUUGCGCGAAAGAGUAACAAACAUACACACAUAUGUACAUCCUCGCAAACAUUCGCAUUUUAAUAUUAGUAAGAUUUACAAUUUAGUAGUUAAGUAGUUUUAAAAAAUAGUAUUUUAUGUUCGGCCAUUAUUCAUAUUAAGUACGUUUCCAUUUCAGUACGAUUAUGACUCAUUCUUAAAAAAAAAACUAACAUCGCAUUUGUUAUCUGCGACAAAAUUCCCAAGCAACAUUUUUUUUCGCAAAUUUGCAUGUUGUAUGCAGUGUUUUUUUAAAGAUUAAUGUAGAUGUGAGCUCGUCUUAUCUGUUAUGAUUACAAUGUACCUGCCACGGUUUAUUCAUUUGUAAUUAUGUAGAUGUAAUAUGUAUUUAUCAUAUAUGGUAAGUAUGCAAAAAAAUAUUUGAAAGUCAUCACCGCAUGACAAGGUUCAUUUUUCAAUGGGACGCGUAUUAAUGCCUAUUAAACCAUUCGCAUGGAGAUCGUUGCUCUUAAUAAGUAAAUAUAUUGUAAUAAUCUAAGAAAUUAAGUAUUUUUGUAUUGCCAUAUUGAUCUCUUGUUGGUUAAUAGAUACGUCUUAUAUUUUCGUCCCUUUAUAUUAAUGCUAAAGAGUUAUAUUUCUGAAUCGAAAUGUAUCUAAUCUUAUGAUGUUAUGUUUAACUUUAAAUCAGAAAAAUCUUAUUUAAAGUUAAACAUGCCAGCCGUAUAAAAAUCAUGAAUCAUAAAAUUGAUAUUCUCAACAGCUAGUCGUAGAAAUUUGUGUUUUAUCUCUGAUAUUCAUUGGAGAUGGGCUGGAUAAAGAACGAUUUGAAAGCCAAAAGUUUCAUUUCGUAAUGUUAAAAAAUAGUAUAAAACAAUAAUACUACAACAUAUACGUUUUAAGUCAAAUUUUAAAUUAUAAAAUACUUGCUGCGCUCUGGGGCUUCGCUCCCAUGGGAAUUUCGAGAUAAAAAGUACCAGUAUACCAAAUUACUACCCGUGUACCAAAUUUCAUAACAAUGUAGAUAAUGCGUGAAGAGGUAACAAACAAACUUACUUACUCUCUCAUUUAUAUUAGUUGGGAUUGGUUCCAUACCUCUCAAACUACCUCUGCUGAGCAAAGCGAAAACGUACAUUGCACCAUAUAAGACCUUCGUACAAAUUGGAUAUUGUAUAUAAAAACGCUAGCCUACUUUGACAGAUGCUAUAAAUUGAAUUCAAAAUUUCUCUCUGGGACUAUGAAUGUGGAUUGGAGCUAACGAAAACUACUUACUCACAAAUGUGAUGUAUCUCCAGUAACUUCAUAAUAUCCUAUCUAUUAGGUACAUAACCUAAUUUAUUACGACUUUGGAGUAAUUUUUCAAGUUUACCAAAGAUGAUGGAAUAACCACUAAAGAUAUAGUUGAAAUAAAUCCAGUUAUUUGUUAGGGUUAAAACGCCACGGCGUUUUAAAGGUUCGGUAAUCUUACCGAUUAUAUUUUUCGGAUUUCUCUGUUUCCGAUUAGUAUUAAGUAAAAUGAGCUUCAUAAAUCGUUCAAAUUGUUUCAUUUUCUAAAUUGUUUGAGGUAAAUUUCUUUAGAAAACUAACAAAGAGCUUGAUGUGUGUAUAUGCAAUGUUGUUGAUAUGUAGUGCAAAAUGACCGAUCAAGGAUUUGUGUAUCACAGUCUGUUAAGAAAACUGUUUUCUUACGAACCACAUUUUUUGCCAUAGCAAUACCAAAUAGAAUGGUUGAGUUUGGUUGAUAAACACACAGUGUUGCCAGCCUACAGGAGACAGCGCUCUCAUUUAAUUUAUUUUCUUGACAGACUGUACGAUGGUUGUUAAUAACAAUAAAAAAAAAGUGUGAAAAACCGUUGCCUGUCUUUCCAUUAUCAAGAAGUGCAUCAUUAUAUCAAUAUAGAUCCUUGUGGAUUCGAGUUAAAAUAGUUUUGUGAUAUGUAUAGUUUUAUUUUUAUGAUUUAUCAUGUAUAUUACUUAUUGUUAAUAUUAAUUAUUGUUAUCCUUGGUGUAAAUUAUAGGUGAAUUUUAAUAAAUUAUUGGAUUGGA